AUGGCGGCCCCUAGUGACACCAUGAGAUGUAGAACAAAGUCCACUACAGGGCCCCCGACGACCGUGGAAGAAGAGGUCGUCUCGUGGAUCGCCUUAAACGAACCCCUGUUCGACCCUCGAUCCAUUGCUCACCUGGUUUCUUUGGAAUGGUCUCUGCCCGAUCACCUGGCACCAUCGGUGCGUUUCUCGGCUUGUAGACCGCUGGCUCGAGAAGCCCGCAGGAUAAUUUGA